GCCAAAGAUGCUUUCAAAGACAUUUCCAUAUACUUCUCCAAGGAAGAAUGGACAGAGAUGGGAGAAUGGGAAAAAAUCCGAUAUAGGAAUGUGAAAAAGAACUAUGAAGCACUGGUUACUCUAGGUCUCAGAGCCCCUCGGCCAGCUUUCAUGUGUCACCGCAGGCAGGCCAUCAAAGCCCAGGUGGGUGACCCUGAGGAUUCUGAUGAAGAAUGGACUCCAAGGCAGCAAGUUAAACCUUCUUGGGUGGCCUUCAGAGUGGAGCACAGUAAACACCAGAAGGUAAUGCCCCCGGUGCCAUUAAGUAAUGAAUGUAGUUUGAAGAAAUUGCCAGGAGCAGCGCAACUGCGGAAGGCAAGUGGCCCCGCGCAGGCGCAGAGCCCAGCGCCCCCUCCCGGAGCAGCAAGCACCUCUGCAUGGCACACUAGACAAAAGCUGGAACGCAGAGCAAAGCAGGUUGAAGUGAAGAUGUAUAGCCUACGAGAAAGAAAGGGCCACGUAUACCAAGAGGUCAGCGAGCCCCAGGAUGACGACUACCUCUAUUGUGAGAAGUGUCAGAACUUCUUCAUUGACAGCUGUGCUGCUCACGGGGCCCCUACAUUUGUAAAGGACAGUGCAGUGGAGAAGGGGCAUCCCAACCGCUCAGCCCUCACUCUGCCCCCUGGAUUAAGUAUCAGACCAUCAGGCAUCCCUGAGGCUGGGCUUGGAGUAUGGAACGAGGCAUCCGAUCUGCCGUUGGGUCUGCACUUUGGCCCCUAUGAGGGCCAGAUCACAGAAGAUGAAGAGGCCGCCAACAGUGGAUACUCCUGGCUGAUCACCAAAGGGAGAAACUGCUACGAGUAUGUGGAUGGAAAGGACACGUCCUGGGCCAACUGGAUGAGGUAUGUGAACUGUGCCCGGGAUGAGGAAGAGCAGAACCUGGUGGCCUUCCAGUAUCACAGGCAGAUCUUCUACCGAACCUGCCGGGUGGUCAGGCCGGGCUGUGAACUGCUGGUCUGGUACGGGGACGAGUACAGCCAGGAGCUCGGCAUCCCGUGGGGCAGCGGGUGGAAGAGCCAGCUCGUGGCGGCGGGCAGAGGUGGGUGCCACCGCUCUUCCAACGCAAAGCAAGAAGCGCUCCUGGGGAGCUUUCACGGUCCGGCUUUCCAUCAGGGUAAACUCCAGUCUGGAGUCAGCAAAGUUUCAAUUAAGAUGCUUCAGAAAUUGAUCCAUAAGCCUUUGACUCUUAGGGAAACUUUUUAUAUUAAAAUUUUUUUCUUCUACAUCUACCUGACCAAAAGCUUCCUCUUUCAGCAGACCCAAAGCCCAAGAUCCAUCCAUGUGGCUCCUGCUCUCUGGCCUUCUCCAGUCAGAAAAUCCUCAGCCAACAUGUGGAAUGCAGUCACCCGUCUCAGGUCCUCCCGAGAACAUCUGCAAGAGACCGCGUCCAGCCAGAGGAUCCCUGCCCAGGCUAUCAAAAUCGGCAGCAGCAAUAUUCUGAUCCACACAGCUGGAGUAACAAACCUGAAUAUCAAGAGGUCAAGGAAAGGUCCAAACCUUUGCUGAAAAGGAUAAGGCUGGGGAGGAUUUCAAAGGCCUUUUCCUCCUCUCCCAAAGGACAAAUGGGGAGCUCUAGGGCACAUGAGAGAAUGAUGGAGGC